ACAGUGAUCAUAAGCAGCGGAGCUCAGGGCAGGCCGGCAGUGUCUCUGGGAGGCAGCACCUGUCAGGCAGCAUGAGAGAGGCAGAGCUGAGGAGAGCAGAGCUCAAGGUGUGGAGUCUCUGCACGUCUCUAUGAUACACUGACUGCAAGCAACGGCGCCCUAUGGGAGAGAGCUGCUGGGGAAGUGUGUGGACUCUGCCUGGAUGGUUGCCACACAAGAAACCACAGUUAUUACAAGUACUGAAUCACCCCAUCCAGAGGGGACUUAGCAGACCAUGAAAAUGGAUGUGGAAGGAGCCGAUAUGACGCUUUGGACAGAGUCUGAAUUUGAGGCAAAGUGCACAUAUAUAGUGAAGGAUCACCCAUGGGACAGCAGCUCAGAUGGAAGUAACCUUGUCCAAGCACAAGCUUCUCUACCGAGGAACUUACUUUUUAAGCACGUACCUGGCUCUAAAGAGGUGAUUGGUGUUUUAAGCAAAGAGUAUAUUCCAAAAGGAACCCGUUUUGGACCAUUUGUAGGCGAGGUCUACACAAAUGAUACUGUUCCCAAGAAUGCCAAUAGGAAAUACUUUUGGAGGAUCUAUUUAAAUGGCGAGUUUAACCAUUUUAUCGAUGGCUACAAUGAAGAAAAGAGUAACUGGAUGCGCUAUGUGAAUCCAGCACACUCCAUUCAAGAACAGAAUCUGGCGGCCUGCCAAAAUGGCAUGAGCAUCUAUUUCUACACCAUCAAGCCUAUUCCAGCCAAUCAGGAACUGCUUGUAUGGUACUGUCGGGACUUUGCAGACAGACUUGACUAUCCUUCCUCUAGGGAGCUGGUGAUGAAUCUUAAGCAAAGUUUGAUUAUCACAGAGGAGCAGAUUUCUCGGAAAGAGAUGACACUUCAAAAAAACACACCCAAGAAAGAGCACAGUGUUAAGGAGAUUCUAAAAAACACGAAUCAUUCAAAGCCCAAAGACACCCCACUGAAUAAUUUUGAUGUUGUAAACCUCAACAAAGAAGCCAUAGAACCACUUAAAAAUUCCAGCCCUGAAAGACCAAUUUUCCCAAGAGUUGUGUAUCCAUUCCGCUCAAACAUUCAUGAAGAUUAUUUAAAGGGCACUAUUGGAUAUGGCCUUGAAAGACCAAAUUAUAUGAUGCAUUCACCAAUUCAGCCGUCGACACCACCAAGUCCUUCAGCACGAAGCAGCCCAGACCACAGUUUUAAAAGCUCAAGUCCACACAGUAGCCCAGGAUCUGCAUUAUCCCCUCACCAAACGUCACAAGAGCACAGAGAAUUGUACCCAUUUCUUAAUAGACCAUACAGCGCUGAAGGACUAGCAUCUUUUCCCAGUUAUGCACCUCCAGCAAGUCAUCUACCUCCAACCUUCAUUUCUUCAUACCAUCCUCCCUACCACAAGUUCUUGUUACCGCCUCUCGGUCUUGGAUGCAGUAGCCUUAACACAUUAAAUAACAUUAAUGCCAUGAAUAAUUUCAAUAUUAUCCCACGAAUGUAUCCAUUUUACAGCAGUAUGGUUGGAGGUGGAAGCCUUUCUCAUCACAUGUUAAACCCUGCGGCUAUUCCUGGUUCCCUCCCACAUGAAGGAGGAUGCAGACUGCUACAGCCUGAUCAGCCACGAGACUUUCUUAUUCCUGCACCCAAUAGUGCCUUUUCCAUCACAGGCGCAGCUGCUAGUAUGAAAGAUAGGCAGAUGAGUCCAACAAGUGGCUCCCCCACUGCUGGCACAGCAGCAAGUUCUGAGCAUGUUAUGCAACCUAAACCUACCUCUGCAGUGAUGACCAUAAACAGCGAUGAAGCCAUCAAUUUGAUCAAAAACAAAAGGAACAUGACUGGAUAUAAGACUCUUCCCUACCCUCUUAAAAAGCAAAAUGGGAAAAUCAAAUAUGAGUGCAACAUCUGCUCAAAGACAUUUGGACAAUUGUCAAAUCUUAAGGUCCAUCUACGAGUUCACAGUGGGGAGCGGCCAUUCAAAUGUCAGACUUGCAACAAGGGAUUCACCCAGCUGGCACAUCUACAAAAGCACUUUUUGGUACACACUGGGGAGAAGCCUCAUGAAUGUCAGGUAUGUCAUAAGCGGUUUAGCAGCACAAGCAACCUAAAAACUCAUCUACGACUGCACUCUGGAGAGAAACCCUACCAAUGCAAACUCUGUCCAGCAAAGUUCACCCAAUUUGUUCAUCUCAAACUCCAUAAACGUCUUCAUACAAGAGAACGUCCACAUAAAUGUGUUCACUGCCACAAAAGUUACAUUCACAUGUGCAGUCUUCAAGUACACAUGAAGGGAAACUGUCCAGUGUCCCCAAGACCCGGCCUCACCAGGGAGGACCUAACAGUGAUCAAUGAAGAGAUUGAGAAAUUUGACAUCAGUGAUAGUGCAGACAGACUAGAUGAAAGUAACAUGUCUCCUACAGUGGAGAAAGAAAUUAUGACUCUUCUUCGAAGAGAAAUAGAAGGUGCAAGUAUGAAGGUAUCUGUGUCAAGGAGUAUGGGAAAUGGGUUAAUCACAUCUGGUUGCAACUUUUAUGAACAAUCAGACUCUGUCAUAAAGCUGCCUCAUAACUCCCCGCUACCUCUGUUACCAGUUAAGGUCAAACAAGAAACCAUAGACCAAAUGGACUCUUAAUGGACUCAUGGAACAAGUGUUAGUUGAGGUGAUUGCAGCCCAUCCUUGUACAUAAUCAAAAGGCUGCAGCAUAGUCUUAGCUUAUGAAAGGUAACAUUCUUCUAGAAGACCAACCUGAACUCCAAGAAGGAACUCCAAGAUAAGCGUAUUCUCAGGGCAAGAGGAAAGAGACAGGGAUAUGGGUAUUGCCUACUCACUUAAUAUUAUUAUAAUAAUUAUUAUUGUUAAAAAGACAAUCAUUUAUUUCUAAUUGUGUCACUGAAAAGUACUUCAUAAUUUAUUAUGCAAUUUAUCAUUACAAAAGCAAUAAUUUGAAACGUUUACAAUGACGUGAAAAAAAUUCAUUGUAAUUUGGAAUAUAUAUAUUUAUGUAUAUAUUUAAUGUGGCCAUUGAUGUAGAUACUUUCGCAGUGUCUUUGAUUUUUUUUUUUUUUUAAAACACCUUUAGCUCUCCAUACCAAUGAUCAAUAUUUUGUUGCCAAAGCUGGACAGUACAAUUUGAAAUUGUGUAUUUAUUUCACUGCAAGCAAACUGUAGUGUCAGAUUAUUAUUUUUUUUUUAACACUUUCCUUUGAGAGCAUCGAAAAACUGCACACGAGAUGUGCUUGUAACAAUAUCCUCCUUGCUAUAGCUCUGUAUUUUAAACCAAACUUACAGAACAUCUGUUUCACUUUUUCAAAAUGUAAGAUUUGGGAAAAUACAAGAUUUGACACUGUAUAAAGUAACAGAAUAGACAAGUGCAGGAUUGGCUACAUCUCCACGGUCCAGUAGUAGACACGGGUAAUAAGGUGUUUGGUAUUUUUUUUCCUGUUACUGGCACCCAUCUCAUUUAUAUUUCUGUGAGUCAUUUCCUUGAGUAUUUUGUGUCUUGUACAUUUAUUUGUUGUGAUUAAUUUAAGUGAAAAGGGCAUUGCAAAGUUGUUCGACAAUUUACCUCAUUGUCCAGUGGUGAAGAAAAAAAAGCUGGCUGAACCAAUAGCUUUGUGACUUUUAAGGAGAAACCAAAUAGACGCAGUCUAAAGACUGAACUUACACUUUGUACUGUUGCUUUGCUUGCUGACUCCAAAGAUAUUGCAGUUGUACGGGCUGGAUAUUGCGGUGUGCACUCUAGUUUAAGUAUAUUCACUUCAGGUUAUUAACCUAAAGUAAUGACAUAUUCCACAUUAUGGAAUGGUCCAUAUCAAAAUUUACAAUUGUCACUGGGGUUCCCCCUGCUGGUGAUGUGAUGACAUCACUUUUCUAUCCAGCCAAGUACUCCAGCUUCCUAAUGUGGCAAAGCAAACUUUUAGCAUGCAUAAACCUAAGAUAUGCACAGAGCAGUGGCACUGAUUUAUAAACCAUUUCUGGCAUUGUACAGUCUGAAAAGGGCUGAUCCUUAUGCCGUCCAUGAGCACAAUGCCAAAGUCUCGAGCAAAUGUACCAAAAAAAAAUACAGCUUUACUGGAAUUCUAGCUUGUUAUACUGUGUACAAGCAGAAAUCUGAAAACAAUGUAGCAAGAUCUAAAGUAUUAAUGUAAUAUAUACCAAAGUAUCACUACUGUCUCUGGACACACACUUCCCUUACUUAAUGCCAGUAGUGCUUUUCUCUAUUCACUUCAAAGACUUAAUGUAUGACUAUUUCAAGAUGUUACUUUUUUUUUUUAUAGGAUUUUAUUACAUGUAAAUGUAGCAAACAGUGGUUUCUCUAUUUUUGUUUCUUUUUCUAAGAAAGAAAAUCUGACCAAAGUUAACCGGCUUUUUACUUUGCUAGAACAACAAAUUUCUUAUGUUUACAUUUUGGUUUACAUUGUUAUUUAUGUGCAAAUUGUCAAAAGAUGUAAAUUAAAACUAAA